UUGUUUCCUCUCUCUCUCUCCGCGCUCUCCCUCUCUACAAGAUCACCACGGAGCUCUCAGAGCAUCAGUAGUGUCCAAACAUCCCGUCAGCCGCGCACGUCGUCUCUGACUUUCUCUUUCUCUGCGGCGAUCGCGUCUCCUCAGCAUUUAUCGAGGCUCAUCCCGCUGCUGCUGCUUCUAUUUCAAUUCAAGCGAUUCGUGAGAAAAUAUUUUAGUGCUGGCUGGUUCUUUAACCUCAGCAGGGUCAAUGUAUAUAGACGCGUUCAAACGGAUCCUCUUUGAAAGGCUGAACUGCUUGAAGAGAAUGUGUGUGUGUCAGCGGCAUGGCAGCUCAUUUGCCAUGUCUAAGACAGUGGUGAAGAAGCUGCACUGGCGGUCCAAUGUGCAGGAUACCUUCAUCCCCUUGCUUGGCGCGUCUGGAGAUCUGGGGGUCGCGGUUGGUGGCGGAGCAGAUUAUGGAGAGUUUCCCUUCGUUACGUCGGCUCCCGGCGGCAGCCUCACGGUGGGAGACAUCAUCCUAGAGAUCGGGGGAACUCCGGUACUGGGGAUGACUUUAGGAGAUGUGCGAGGAGUCAUCAACUCCUGCCCCCAGCCUAUCCGUAUCAAAACUGUUUCACCAGGCUCCACAUUGUGCAAAGAUCUCAGGUUAUAUCUGAGUAAGUGCUUCACACCUGGGUCAGUGGACAGCCAGCUUCAGCAGGUCAUCAGAGAGAACCUCUACCUCCGAGCCGUACCUUGUACGACCAGGCAGCCCAGAGACGGGGAAAUCUCAGGGGUGGACUACAACUUUGUCUCCAUUGAGGAGUUUUUCUCCUUGGAGGAGUCCGGAGCGCUGCUCGAGAGUGGAAAAUUCAAAGGGAAUUACUACGGCACACCUCGUCCUGUUCACAUAGGUCCAGAGAGUCCCCCCAUCACCUACCAGGAACACCGUAACCUGCUCAGAAACUUCCGCACACGCAGCAAAUCCCUCAGCAACCUGGAAAAGUCUGCAGACGAAGGCAGAAACAGCGAGGACGACUUAGGUGGCUCUGCAGGAGUAAGCAUUCCUAUUGGCCACCGGUCCCCCGGUCGGCCCCGGGCAUCCAGCAGCGGAGGCGAGGGUCAUGGCGUAGAGAAUGGGAUCAUCGGCAGCAGAAGAGGUGCCAGAAUUAGAGGCAUGAUGCCCGAUCACUGGGAACAAGCGUUCAGUGACCCUGGAGAAUCACUUUACAUCGGGCGCAGCCCGAGGAGGACCAGCUGGCUGGGCCCUCGUCCCUCAAGCAGAGAGAGCAACUACAAAAAUGAAUGGUUCACGGACCUGCCUGAGGAUCUCAGGGGUUUCCCUGUCCAUGCACACUUGAUCAAGGGCUCCAGAGGGUUUGGUUUCAACAUAGUUGGAGGCAGCCGGCCAAGAGAGUUUCUCCAGGUCUACAGUGUGACGGCAAGUGGCCCCUCCACUCUAAAGACAGCGGACAUACUCGUGUACAUCAACGAUGCUUGUGUGUUGGGAAUGUCUCACAAAGAGGCGGUAGAGAUGCUCAAAUCCGUGCCUGUGGGCCACAGCAUAGACAUAGAGGUGAGAAGGGGGUAUCCAAUGCUCUACAACCCGGACGGCCGUCCCAAGCAGCCGUCACCAAGGUUACUGGACGCUGAGGACCGCCAUGUCACGCCUACCACCACCCAACCACAACCUCUUCACCAGCUACCUCGCCUUUCAACACCUUCGCCACAGAGCCAGCUCUUUAACGGCUACCACAGCGACAGAGGCUACGUGGAGCACGGCGUGACCCUAGAUGCCAAUGGAAAUGCCACAUCUUACGCAUCCAGACAGCCUCCGCCGUACAGACGCUCCAGUGUGAGCAACGCUGCGCUGUUCUCCCCAGUUCGGCCACCGCGGUCACACAGGAGCUUAGCCAGGCUGCAGUCACUGGACCCGACGCUAGCAAGCCAGAGCGACAGCGAGGUUGUUUCUGCGGUAGGUUCACACAGGGCAUCAAUGAUACGAAAUCACAACAAUAACUCCCUUACGACACCGCAGCAUCAUUUACGUUAUGGAACGUCGAAGUCGUCCGAAAGCGACUUGUCCACCUGCACCAUGCCGGGGGCCAGGCUGCCGCUCCCCGAGUCACCGCGGAGGCCGUCGUCUUCCUCCGGCGGCCAACGCAGCGCUCACUCCCACCUUUUCAGACCACAGACCUCCCAUCUCAGACCACCGCUCACCAGAGAAAGCCCCCACCACCAUGGCGUCAAUGGUUUCCAUGGAAACACCAGCCCCACUGCCAGCCCCAGCAGCGUUUCCUCUCCUGGCGCGAUGAGUGUGGGGAGUGGGUUUGGGGGAUUGACCGGAGGGGAACUUGUUCCAGUGGCCUUGGCGCAAACCGAAGGAGACAGAGGCCUCGGGUUCAGCCUGAUGGCUGGUGGUUCUGGAGGCAGGUUGACUGUGGUGGAGAGAGUCUUUGACAGAAAGCAGUGCAACUCCCUGCAGCCAGGGGACGCUGUUGUCAAGAUCAAUGGAGCUGAUGUCCAGAGUCUCAGCCUCAUUCAGAUUCAAACAAUCCUGCAGGAGCACACGAAACAGGGAGAAGUUACUCUGCUGGUUUACAGAGGAGGCACUUAUCACCCAUCGGUUUCUCCGGUCUCGGUUCGGAGACUCCCUCCUCCUCUGCUGCGUCCCCCUCCUCCUCCUGUUGACACGGGCAACUUGUCGUUGCUCCCAGAGGCGCUGCCCGUUCCCCGCACCGCCACCAGUAACCCUCCCUCCCCGCUCCUCACCAGCUCCUCUCUGAUCCAGAGCACCAGUUUCCUGGAGUCGAUUCCAGUGACCCUGACCAUGGAGCCCAAAGACUGGAUCGACAUCGGCCUGGAAGACGAGGCCGCCGGCGCCGGCAGCGUGUCUGUGCCUGACGCGAGCCUGGAGAAGCGGAAGGGCGAUCGGACGCGGCGCUUCAGAGGGUUCGACGUGGAACUGAGGAGAAAGCCCGGGGAGGGAUUCGGGUUUGUGAUCGCCUCUCAGGACUUGGAGAACGGAAAAGCUAAUCAAAGAGCCAUGCUGGAGAGACUACAGUCUGCUUUGAAAACUGUAAAGGAGUCCAAACCUGCGUCCCUCCUUCCUCACCGCUUCGUCACGGUCCGGCGCGGCAGCCCGGCAGCAAAGAGCGGCCAGAUCCGGCCCGGAGAUCGCCUGGAGGCCGUUGAGGGGCGCUCAGUGGUGACGCUGCCUCACCGAGAGCUCGCUCAGAUUCUUCGCAGAGCCGGAAACACGCUGCGCCUAACCAUCGUGCCCCGACCCAGCACCUACGCUUCAAACCACACAGAAACCGCCGACCAUGACCAUGGUCACAGGAGCAGGAAAGGUCAGAGGUCACACCCAAAGCGGGACUCCAGGUAUUACAGCGUCGACCUCGACCGCGGGCCGUCGGGCUUCGGCUUCAGCCUCCGAGGCGGGAGCGAGUACAACAUGGGCCUCUACGUCCUCGGGCUGAUGGAGGGCGGCCCUGCGUCACGGAGCCAAAAAAUACAGGUCAGCGACCAGCUGGUGGAGAUCAACGGGGACAGUACGGCCGGGAUGACCCACAGCCAGGCCGUGGAGAUGAUCCGCCGCGGAGGCCACCGGAUCCACCUGGUGCUCAAGAGAGGCAACGGCUACGUGCCUGAUUACGUGGAGCUCUCCAGUUUGUCUCUCUGUAUGACCAACUCCAAGCUAGGCGAGCCUUGCUUCUAUGUCAUUGGACGGACAGAGAAUACGCGCCCGUGAGCAGAGAAUCACCUCCUCCUCCCUCCUGCAUAACCCCAAAGAGCAGAGUCUGGCUGCAGUGAGCUCCACCGGAAGGAGGGGGCGCCGCGCCAAGCAGACGAGGAGGAGCAGGUCGGUCGGAGACGUGAGGGAGAGCAGGACGGGAGCGAUCAGAGGAAGAAGGCGGGGCUCAGUAGGAGGAGGUCGCUUACGGAGCCCCGUCUCUGAGCGCCGGGACGGGGAGAGGAGGAAGAGGAGGCCUCAGAGUUUACCCAGAGACGUAAUCAGGAAAUAUGAAGAGGAAGAGGCAGGAAGGGGAAGAGGGAGGAGCAGACGGAGAGAGAGGAAAAGCAGGAGUUUGGAGAGGAGGAGGAUGACAGAGGAGGAAGAUGAGGAGGAAGGAUCUGCUGCUAAGGAGGAACCAGAGGGAAGAGCGGACUCAGAAAGUGAAGACGACGAUGUUUUCCUACCUAUUCCAGGCCCGAUCCACAGACUCCCCAAACCGAAGGAAAACCAGGAGGAGGAAACUGACGAAAACUGGAACAUGGCGGCAGAAUACUGGGGCCUGAGGAGGGAUGAAGAGGAGGAGGAGGAAGACUGCGGCCCAGAGUCGGUCAUCUCUGAUCGGCCCUUACCAGGUGUCACUGUGUUAGGUCCGGAGUCGCACAGAGAGUCGUUCUCCUUCCUCGCCUCCACGCUGUCCAAGAACCAGCUGGGCGACGCCACGUCGGAGUCUGGAGACAGCCAAUCAGAUGCCAGCAUCUCCGCCGCCAGCAUUUCAGGGCUCUCGCUGGCCGCCGCCGCGCUGCCGGGCCCGUGGCUCGUUCCAGGUCAGCAGAGGCUGGUUCAGUUUGAGGAUGAGCAACAGGAGAGGAAGAAGCAGCGGCAGCGGCAGCGGCGCUGUCUCCUGACUGUUGAUAAGAGAUGAAACGCAGCAUUUAGACGACGCGGCAUCAGAUUCUGUUCCAUCUCCACUUGCACCAACCGUUUCUGAGUCACUUUAAACCUGCAGCUCAUAUUCUUUGUGCCUUUCUGCAGCUCAUCUCUGGACGACCACGCGCCACGUUUCAGUUUGAGCCUCCACCAAACAUUGUAAACGUUUUUCUAGAACGCCGCUCCACAUUUCAACAAACCUUCAGUUACCGACCCACACUGCAAAAACACAAAAUAUUCCCGAGUGUCUCUGGUCGAGUUUCUAGUGCCAAAUGUCCUGGUGCACAUGAAAUAGCAGUUUGACUGUAUGAAACGUGGCGCAAGAAAAGAAUAAGCAAAGUUAUUUCUUACGGUAACGUUAAUUUAAAAGAAAGUACUACUUCCACUGAUAGGUUAUUUCUAUGGAAGAAGAAGAAGAAAAAAUCUGAAUUCUGAUCAAAAAAUUCAAAGAAAAAAUUUAAUUCUGAGACAAAAAAGUCAAAAUUCAGAAUUUUUUUAAAAGUCCAGAUUUUGAGAAAAAUCUGAAUUCAGAGAACAAAAAUAUCCAAAUUCAGAGCAGAAAGUCAGAUUUCCCCCCAGCGGUCGUAAUCUGUAUAUUUCACUUAUAAGAAGGUAAAAAUUUAUUGUUACUGCCAGUGGAAUUGGCAAGUAUUUAUCAAUAUUAAUCAAUUAUUUACUUAAAAUGCUGAAAAGUUGUAAGUUAGUUAUGCUUUAUUUCAGGUUUACUAAGAUAUCAGCACUAGAAAUUAGACCAAAAUUCCUUGGUGCCAUUUUGUGUUUUUGCAGUGUCUCCACUUCUUCUGCUUCCCUCUGUCCACGUUUGAUUACAGCAAAGACUUUUUACCUCAUGAAGAUACUGAGCAAUAAAAAUGCUGCGACUGUCCGAGACUAUCAGCCGUCCAUAUGCACUCCACUGCGUGUGUGUGUGUGUGUACAGUAACUGUUUCAGUGUGUGUGUGAAACCCUUUUUGAAGCUUCCCUAUUCUGUAAAUACCUGUAAAGAAAUAAGUUAAGAGUUUAUUGUAAAUAUUAUAAUUGGAGAAGCUCUGAUUUGUAUAACUUUAAUGAAAAAGUAAUAUAUUUGAAUAUAUGCACCAAACAGAUACACACAUAUAUCUUACAAAUAACAGGUAACUGACCGUUUUUAUUGUUGUGCGAUGAUGUGAAAAUCGGUACGCAGCUUUUGUGAACACAUAAAUAUACAGUGCCUUCCAAAAGUAUUCACACCCUCAGAACCUUUUCACAUUUUGUAUCGACACAACCACGAAACGCAACGUUUUAUUUAUCAUCAAUGUGAACGACGAAAUGUUUUAAAAAUAAAGAGCUGAAAAGUG